GUUUCUCAUUACUCUUGAGGAGGAAAUUCAUCAAAUUUGCCGGUGAUUUUGAUCCAAGUCUGACCCUACGAUGGGCUCGACGUUCAGGGAUCGGACGGUGGAGUUUCAUUCAUUGUCCCAAACGUUGAAGAAGAUCGGAGCGAUCCCGUCCGUUCAUCAAGAUGAAGAUGAUCCGGCAUCAUCCAAACGGUCGUCUCCGGGAUCCGAAUUCAAUAAGAAGGCUUCCCGGAUCGGGUUAGGAAUCCACGAAACGUCUCAGAAGAUCGCGAGGCUCGCUAAAUUGGCAAAACAAUCGUCGAUUUUCAAUGACCGGACUGUGGAAAUACAGGAGUUAACUGUGUUGAUCAGGAACGAUAUCACGGGGCUGAAUAUGGCUCUCUCGGAUUUGCAAACCCUUCAGAACAUGGAGAUUGCUGAUGGGAAUUAUUCACAGGACAAAGUUGGUCACUACACCGCUGUUUGUGAUGACUUGAAAACCAGACUUAUGGGAGCUACUAAGCAACUUCAAGAUGUUCUAACUACCAGAUCAGAGAACAUGAAGGCUCAUGAAAACCGGAAACAACUCUUUUCCACAAAAAAUGCAGUAGAUAGUCCGCCUCAGAAUAAUGCAAAAUCUGUACCUGAGCCUCCUCCUUGGUCAAGUUCAUCAAAUCCUUACGGGAAUUUACAACAACCACUAUUGCCGCCAGUAAAUACUGGAGCUCCUCCAGGUAGCCAGCUCAGACGCAGAUCUGCGAUCGAGAAUGCUCCUUCACAGCAAAUGGAGAUGUCCAUGUUGCAGCAAACAGUCCCUAGGCAGGAGAACUAUAGCCAAAGCCGAGCAGUUGCACUUCACAGUGUUGAAUCAACAAUAACAGAGCUCAGUGGAAUAUUCACGCAUCUAGCUACAAUGGUCACACAACAAGGAGAGCUAGCAAUCAGAAUUGAUGACAAUAUGGAUGAAUCGUUAGUUAAUGUAGAGGGAGCACGCAGCGCUCUUCUGCAGCAUCUCACUCGAAUUUCGUCAAAUAGAUGGCUCAUGAUGAAGAUCUUUGCUGUUAUCAUCUUGUUCCUCAUUGUCUUUCUCUUCUUUGUGGCUUGAAACAAUGCCAUUUAAUCUCUUGUUCCUGGUGUAUCAAAUCUCUUGUUCCUUGCCGAUUUUCAGGCAUUUCAACGCGUCAUCUUUGUUACCAUC